UCUGUGUCAAGUGCGCGGCGUAGCACCCUCGCAGCGACAGUAGGGGUCGAGCUGCGUGCCCCAGUGUGUGUGUGUCUUGCUUCUCGCCUCGUUCUGUUUAUUGUCGUAAAUUUAUGACAGGAAACUUGAAAAACUGUGAAAGAAGAGUAAAUCACCCUCAGUAGUGAAAUACCGACAAUAUGUUAUGUUACUGAAAGGAACAAUUCAUCGCUGCUAAUAGAGCAAAUUUAGCGUGUGAACAGAACCAGGACAUAAAGCACACAAAUAUAAAGUCAAGAAAGUGUUUUGGAAAGUGUGCGUGUGUGUAGAGGAGAAAGAGGUGUUACGCUGCAUCAGUGAGUGUGUGUGGGAAGGAAAAAUCACACUUAUCGCGACAGCAAUUUUCGGAAGACUCCACGAUGGGCUCCCUGUGGAUGGACAAAGGAACAGUGACCUUUGAGGAAAAAUGGCCCACCAUGCGCCCGACGGUGCUGAAGCUGCUGCGGCAGGAGCCGGUGAGCCGCGCCGAGUGGCAGGACCUUUUUUGGGCCGUCCACAAGGUGUGCCUCUGGGACGAAAAGGGGCCGCCCAAGGUACAGAAGGCACUGCAGGAUGACAUACUCGACUUUAUCACCCACGCACAGGCGCGCGUCCUGGACCAACACGAGAACCAGGCACUCCUGAAGGCGUACAUCACAGAGUGGCGCAAGUUCUUCCAGCAAUGUAACUACCUGCCGCUGCCCUUCAACCAGCUGGAGUCCGCCCUCGCUGGCAAGACCACCACCUCCGUGUCCAAGAAAGUGCAGAAUGAUGAUGCUAUCGUGAGGAAGCUCAUGUUGGACAGCUGGAACGCGUCAAUCUUCAGCAACAUCAAGCAGCGGCUGCAGGACUCCGCCAUGAAGCUGGUGCACGCCGAGCGGAACGGUGAGGCCUUUGACUCCCAGCUGGUCAUCGGCGUCCGGGAAUCGUACGUCAACCUGUCGUCCAGCGCCGGCGACAAGCUGCAGAUAUACACCGAAAACUUUGAGAAGGCAUACAUUGAGGCAACAAAGGCGUUCUACCGAGUCAAGGCACCGCAGUACCUUGAGGCGAAUGGCGUGCAGAACUACAUGAAAUACGCUGAGCUUAAACUGCGCGAGGAGGAACAGCGCGGCGAAAAGUACCUCGAGUCCUUCAGCGGAUCACUGCAGAAC